AUGUUUCAGGUCAUGGGUUUACUACAAGUAGUUGUCUACACAUCAGCAUCCCGAAUUGAGGGUUGGUCCCCGUCAUCAGGAGUGCCUGAGAAAUCAGAGAAGAAUCCGGUUGGUGAAGAAGCUUUGAUUGAAACACAAAAGGAUGCUGAAUCUGAGCUACUGGGUGAUGCUGAGCUAUCUGUUGCAAGAAGGAAGAACUGUACUGAUAUAUAUAACAUAUUCCUGCAGUUGCCACAGUCCGAUCUCUGCAAUCUUUGCAUUCUUCUUGGAUAUGAAGGGUUAUCGGAUAAAAUUUACUCGUUAGCAGGAGAGGUAUUGAAGAAGCUGGCUGCCGUAGAUGUGGCUCAUUGCAAGUUUUUCACGAAAGAACAAUUGGCUAGUGGUUUGAGUGCCUCAACUGUGCGUGAGCUGGCAACAUUGAGCAAUACGCAGAAGAUUAGUCAUAGUACAUGUUCCAUGGCAGGUGCUUCAAUUCUCCGUGUUCUACAAGUGCUUAGCUCACUAACUUCCCCUAUUGAUGAUAGCAAAGUGGGAACCGAAAAGGAAACUGAGCAGGAGGAACAAAACAUUAUGCAGAGACUAGACGUGGCACUAGAGCCCCUUUGGCAAGAACUUAGCCAGUGUAUCAGCGUGAAUGAGUUGCAGCUGGAUCAUACUGCCGCUACAACAACUGUUUCCAAUGCAAACUCUGGUGAUCAUGUCUUAGGGGUCUCUCCUCCGGGCUCUCUUUCUCCAGGAACUCAAAGGCUCCUACCUCUUAUUGAGGCUUUCUUUGUUCUGUGUGAGAAAAUUCAAACUCCGCCAAUAUUACAGCAGGAUCAUGUGAAUGUGACAGCGGGAGAAGUGAAGGAGUCUGCUCACAGUUCAUCAUCUAAAACCAGUGCAGAUUCUCAGGAAAAAAACUGCUCUGUUACUUUUUCAAAGUUUGCGGAGAAGCAUAGGCGACUGUUGAAUUCAUUUGUUAGGCAAAAUCCAAGUUUACUGGAGAAGUCCCUUUCGAUGAUGCUCAAGGCACCAAGGCUGAUUAAUUUUGACAACAAGAAAUCCUACUUCAGGUCAAGGAUAAGACACCAGCAUGAUCAACACAUUUCUGGGCCAUUGCGUAUUAGUGUCCGCCGAGCUUAUGUGUUAGAAGAUUCAUACAACCAGUUACGUAUGCGCUCCCCACAGGAUCUGAAAGGACGUCUGAAUGUGCAGUUUCAAGGUGAGGAAGGUAUUGAUGCUGGUGGUCUUACAAGAGAAUGGAGCGUUGCUUUCACUACCGUUGGAAAUGAUGCCACCUUCCAGCCUAAUCCAAAUUCGGUUUACCAAACCGAGCAUCUGUCAUACUUCAAAUUUGUUGGUCGCAUGGUGGCGAAGGCAUUGUUUGAUGGGCAGCUUUUGGAUGUUUAUUUUACUCGUUCCUUUUAUAAGCACAUACUUGGUGUGAAGAUGACUUAUCAGGACAUCGAGACCGUGGGUCCUGAUUACUACAAGAAUUUGAAGUGGUUGUUAGAGGUGACGGACUAUGAGCUUAAACCUGGGGGACGACACAUACGGGUGACAGAAGAAACAAAACAUGAGUAUGUUGACCUUGUGGCCGGACAUAUACUUACCAAUGCUAUUCGGCCACAAAUCAACGCCUUCCUUGAAGGCUUUAAUGAGCUGAUACCUCGUGAGCUUGUAUCCAUUUUUAAUGAUAAAGAGCUCGAGCUCCUAAUCAGUGGAUUGCCUGAGAUUGAUUUCGAUGAUCUUAAAGCCAAUACGGAGUAUACCAGCUAUACGGUAGGAUCCCCUGUUAUUCAUUGGUUCUGGGAGGUCGUUAAACUUUUAACAAAGAAGAUAUGGCUAGAUUUCUUCAGUUUGUCACCGGAACAUCAAAGUUUUAACCAACUAGACCUCCCUGAGUAUCCAUCCAAGGAACAACUUCAGGAACGCCUGCUACUUGCCAUUCACGAAGCCAGUGAAGGUUUUGGGUUUGCUUGA